AUGCCGCACGUCCGAGGGCCGUGGCUGCCUGGCUGCCUGGCCGUGGCUGCCCUGUUUGGCCUUGUGCACAGCCAGGAUGUGUUCCUGGCCCCUCAGCAAGCGCUGUCGCUGCUCCAGCGGGCCCGCCGGGCCAACAGCGGCAUCAUGGAGGAGCUGCGCCAGGGCAACCUGGAGCGGGAGUGCAUGGAGGAGCUGUGCAGCUACGAGGAGGCCUUCGAGGCCCUGGAGUCUUCCACCGCCACGAAGGUGUUCUGGGACAAGUACACAGCUUGCGACUCGGUGAAGAAAAAUCGAGAAAAGCUCGUGAAGUGUAUGGAAGGUAACUGUGCCGAAGGUCUGGGUACGAACUACAGAGGGAACGUGAGCGUCACCCGGUCCGGCAUCGAGUGCCAGCUGUGGCAGAGUCGCUACCCACAUAAGCCUGAAAUCAACUCCACCACCCACCCGGAAGCAGACCUGCAGGAGAAUUUCUGCCGCAACCCGGAUGGCAGCACCACCGGGCCGUGGUGCUACACUUCAGACCCCACUGUGCGGAGGGAGGAGUGCAGCAUCCCUGUCUGUGGCCAAGAGGGCUUCACCGUGGAGAUGACCCCACGCUCCAGAGUCUCCACGGCAAACCUGUCACCUCCAUCUGCGCCGUGUGUCCCUGAGCGUGGCCAGCAAUACCAGGGUCGCCUGGCGGUGACCCAACACGGGUCCCCCUGCCUGCCCUGGGCCAGCAAGCAGGCCAAGGACCGGACAAAGGACCAGGUCUUCAGCCCGGCUGUGCCGCUGGUGGAGAACUUCUGUCGCAACCCAGAUGGGGACCAGGAGGGCGCGUGGUGCUACGUGGAUGGCGGUUACGAGUACUGCGACCUGGACUACUGUGAGGAGCCGGUGGACGAGGUGACGGACGAUGGGCAGACCCCGGACCUGGGCUCGGCCGUUGAGGGGCGCACCACCGAGGAGGAGUUCCAGCCCUUCUUCAACGAGAAGACCUUCGGGGCCGGGGAGGCAGACUGCGGGCUGCGGCCUCUGUUUGAGAAGAAGUCGCAGGAGGACAAGACGGAGCAGGAGCUUCUGGAGUCCUACAUCGACGGGCGCAUCGUGGAGGGCUGGGAUGCGGAGAUAGGCCUGGCGCCCUGGCAGGUGAUGCUUUUCCGUAAGAGCCCCCAGGAGCUGCUGUGCGGAGCCAGCCUCAUCAGUGACCGCUGGGUCCUCACCGCCGCCCACUGUGUCCUGUACCCACCCUGGGACAAGAACUUCACCGAGAACGACCUUCUGGUGCGCAUCGGCAAGCAUUCCCGCACCAGGUAUGAGCGAGGCAUGGAAAAGAUCUCCAUGCUGGAGAAGAUCUACAUCCACCCCAGGUACAACUGGAGGGACAUUCUGGACCGGGACAUCGCCCUGCUGAAGCUGAAGAAGCCCGUCACCUUCAGCAACUACAUCCACCCCGUGUGCCUGCCCGACAAGCAGACAGCAGCCAAGUUGCUCCAGGCUGGAUACAAAGGGCGGGUGACAGGCUGGGGCAACCUGAAGGAGACGUGGUCAGCCAGCCAGGCCGAGGUGCAGCCCAGUGUCCUGCAGGUGGUGAACCUGCCCAUCGUGGAGCGGCCGGUCUGCAAGGCCUCCACCCGCAUCCGCAUCACCGACAACAUGUUCUGCGCUGGUUACAAGCCCGAUGAAGGGAAACGAGGGGAUUCUUGUGAAGGUGACAGUGGGGGACCCUUUGUCAUGAAGAGCCCCUUUAACCACCGCUGGUAUCAAAUGGGCAUCGUCUCGUGGGGUGAAGGCUGUGACAGGAAUGGAAAAUAUGGCUUCUACACACAUGUGUUCCGCCUGAAGAAGUGGAUACAGAAGGUCAUUGAUCGGUCUGGAAGUUAG